GAUGCUGUGCGGAUAAACAAGAGUAAAUGCCGUGCAGAUAAUGUGCAUCAUUAGUGACUGAGGCAGUCAUGUAACAGUGGAAAACUGCCGACACCGCAAGGUAAACCGGUGUACCCUAGUGUCUAUAUCAGCGCUAAAGCUGGCAAUCGUCCGAGGGGACAAGAAACUUGGCAAGAGGCGUCGCCCUUAUCCCGUAGCGAAGAUGAAGGCCAACCUGGUACGUCGUCUGGUUGGCACGUCCGUGACCUAAGGCCUCUGAUCGGGUCUCUUCCGGUCGAAGAAGAGGAACAAGGCCAAGGUGCAACGCUGCUGAGCAUGACGACGAUCGUGACUAGUUCCGAGGCAACCGAGGUGUCCUCGGUGAACGUGACUACCCUGUUCAACGCCAUCUCCGAGGACAAUCAGUUCGUAAACAGCAGUUACUCGAACGAACAGAAGUGGUCGGUGCCCACCACCAUAGCCAAAGGCUGUCUGUUAGGCUCCAUCAUCGUGACGGCGGUGUUCGGUAACCUGCUGGUGAUGGUGUCCGUGAUGCGUCACAGAAAGCUGCGCAUCAUCACCAACUACUUCGUGGUCUCUUUAGCGUUGGCCGACAUGCUCGUGGCGAUGUUCGCCAUGACGUUCAACGCCAGCGUGCAGAUGACGGGCAGAUGGCUGUUCGGUUACUUCAUGUGCGACGUCUGGAACUCGUUGGACGUCUACUUCAGCACCAGCUCCAUACUCCACUUGAUGUUCAUCUCGGUCGACCGUUACUACGCGAUCGUGAAGCCGCUCAAGUACCCCAUCAUCAUGACCAAGAGGCUGGCCGCCUACAUGCUGCUCGCCUGUUGGAUCAUGCCGGCGUUCAUCUCGUUCAUGCCCAUAUUCAUGGGCUGGUACACCACCGCCGAGAACAGCGAGUACCGGCAGAAGCAUCCGGAGCGCUGCGAGUUCAAGGUGAACAAGGUGUACGUGAUAUUCUCCUCCAGCAUCUCCUUCUGGAUACCCUGCACGAUCAUGACGCUCACCUAUCUCGCGGUCUUCAAAGAGGCCAACAGACAAGAGAAACAGAUGCACAGCAGGAUGGGUAAUGUCAUGCUGCUCAGCCACAGGCCCAGCAAGGAUCUCAACAAUCUCAACGGGGAACUCAACAGCGCGGGAUCCUCCAAGACUUUAACUCUCAACGAGAUCAACACUGAUCAUUUGCAUACACCUACCAAGGAUAAGAAUAUCAUGAAGAUGAAGAGAGAGCACAAGGCUGCUAGGACGUUAGGCAUCAUUAUGGGUACCUUCAUAAUCUGUUGGCUGCCAUUUUUCUUAUGGUACGUUAUCACGACAUUGUGCGGCGAGGAUUGUCCGUGUCCCGACAUCGUGAUCGCGUUACUGUUCUGGAUCGGAUACACGAACUCUGCGCUGAAUCCGCUGAUCUACGCGUACUUCAACCGUGACUUCCGAGAAGCCUUUAAGAACACAUUGCAGUGCGCGUUCUGUUCGCUCUGCAGACGAGAGCCGUCCGACCUCGAGGCGCUCGAUUUCCGUCGGCCGUCCCUAAGGUACGACGACCGCACUAAGAGUAUAUACUCGGAGACGUACAUGAAGCACGUCGACCGACGAAGAUCGAGCGAGUUUGGUAGCAGUCUCUGAGAUGAGAGUCUCGUCUUUGUACCGUAAAAAAACCGCAUCCGCGAAAAAGACACGUAUAAAUACGUACACCCACCUAAACACAUCCGUACCGUCGCCUAUAUACGCACGCAACAAAAUGGACGCGUACAACUCGACUGUAUACGUACAGAACGUGUAGUUCACCUCCGCCAUCUUGCCAAAAUGAGAAGGACUCGAGUACUCGCGUUUUUCGGCCUCGUGUGCUUACCUCUUACAACGUUUUCAUGUAAAUUACUUUCAAGGUAUUUGAAGGUGAAAUUUAUUUGAAGAUCAAAGUCAUUUGAAUGUCAAAUUCAUUUCAGAGUGAAAUUCGUUUGAAGAUGAAAUUCAAUUCUGGGUGAAAUCUUGAGUUUUAUGUAUUGUCGUUCGGGACCAUCUGUCAGAGAUUGUUGUCGAUUAAUACUCAAACGAAAGUAUUGAGGGUGAUGGUGUUUUGUAUACGAUCGCAACAGCAUCAGUCGAGAUUUCUACCUUUGUCAAGGUUGAAAUUUAGAGUAGUGUUGAAACUACUCGAAGUACAGUUGAGGUUUCCCGAAAUAUUUCAAUGUCUGAUUUAGAUAAGUGACAUGAUGUACAGAUGGUCUCUUAUGACAACGCAGUUCAACGUGGUCCAAACUUGCUUCACAUAGUGGCGCCAGUUCAAAUAACUGUGUCCUAUUAACUGAAAGUAAUAUCAGCAAAUUACUCAACAUACUCAGAAAAUUGUCAUAUGCAGACAGUAAACUGACAGCAAUAUUUGGACACCAGCAAUGAAAGUAUCAUCCAGAAAUAUCCAGACUAACCGAAAGCGACCUAACCAGAAAUACUCAGACAUCAAACCAACCAACAGCAUCGAAACAUCAAAUCAGUGCAUCACAGUAAAAUAAUGAACCACAUAAUCCAAAAUUGAACGUAAACGUUUACAGCCCCAAAAAGCAAUAAACAUACAGAACAAACAAUCUGUCAGUGCAAACACGGUGCACAACGUGAAAUAACUUGAUAAAAGUUCGCUUUGUAAACGUUUACUGACAACAAGAGCUGAUUUCGCAUCGUCUCGUUAAGCAAAAUCAGUGCUCAUCAGACCACACAUGAAUGAUAAAAUGUAGCUGUUGAGAGCGGGAGCACACGUGGCCAGAAAGCAUAGGGACACACGGGAACCGGGUAACACGUACACACCUGGAACGCAUCAUCAUUGCCAAAGAUAGUAUUUUUAAGCGAACUUUACACUGAUCAGGAGACACGUUUCACGCUGGAAUCGAUCACUCGACGAGCAAAGUACCCCGGAAAUCAAGGGAUAAUUUCGUUCAUGAACCAAUUUCCAGGCUGUAUCCUUCGUAAGGGGAAGAUGGGUGAACUGGUUUGUGGGAUUCUUGGGGAUUCGAGGACGGUAGUCAGAAGUUGGCGUAACUAGGAUCUUUGAGGUGGAUGUGGAUGUGGGUGGAUGGACGAGGAUGUGGGUGGAUUGAUGAGGAUGUGGAUGGGCUGAUGAUGUCAUUGUUAGGUAGAUGGUUGAGGGUUGAGUGGGGGAUUUGGAUAUGGGGAGAUAUGAGGAUUCCUAAGUCUCCAAGUCUGUAUAUUACCAAAUCUCUAUGUACCUUGUAGUCUACAACCACUAUAGUAUGUACCCUAUCUCUAUACUCCACAUGUCCAGAACUCUAUAGCACCAUAGUCCACAUAUCCAAAACUCUAUAUACUCUGUACUCCACACCUGCAGAAUUCUAUAUCUACAUACUCUAUCUCUAUACACCACAUGUCCAGAACUCUAUAUCCCCAAACCUUUAUAUACUCUGUACUCCACAUCUCCAAACCUCUAUAUCUACAUACUCUAUCUCUAUGCUCCACAUCUCCAAAACUCUAUAUACCCUGCACUCCACAUCCCCAGAGCUCUAUAUCUACAUACUCCACAUCUUCAGAACUCUAUAUCCCCUUAGUUCAUCUCUCCAAAACUCUAUAUCCCUCUACUCCACAUCUUCAAACCUCUAUAUUCACAUACUCCACAUCUUCAAAACUCAAUAUCACUGUAGUCCACAUCUUCAAAACUCUAUAUCCCUGUACUCCACAUCUCCAAAACUCUAUAUCCACAUACUCCACAUGUCCAGAACUCUAUAUCUACCGUAAUCCACAUCUCCAAAUCUCUAAAUCCCCAGUACUCCACAUCUCCAAAAUUCUAUAUCCCCUGUACUCCACAUCUUCAGAUCUCUAUAUCCCCGAUAUUCCACAUCUCCAAAUUCCUAUACCUACAAUUUUCUAUAUCCCCCAAUUCCUAUACC